AUGGAUGCUCUCAGCACAGCAAAUGCUGAAUUUUGCCUUGAUGUCUUCAAACAGCUGAGCAGUAGCAAUGUGGGAGAAAACAUCUUCUUUUCUCCACUGAGUCUGUUUUAUGCUCUAAGUAUGAUCCUUCUAGGCACCAGAGGACAGAGUGCCGAGCAAAUGGAAAAGGUCCUUCACUAUGAACACUUUUCAAAAUACUUAAAACCAGAGAUGAAAGACUCACGUGAGUGCAGCCGGGCUGGAAGGAUGCACUCUGAAUUUGGAGUCCUACUAUCCCAAAUCAACCAACCGAAUUCUAAUUAUACCCUCAGCAUUGCCAACAGACUCUAUGGGACAAAGGCAAUAACAUUCCACCAGCAAUAUUUAAGGUGUUCAGAGAAACUAUACCAAGCCAAGCUGCAAGCUGUUGAUUUUGAAUUAUCUACAGAAGAGACGAGGAAAACUAUUAAUGCUUGGGUUGAAAGUAAAACUAAUGGAAAAGUCACGAACCUCUUUGGGAAGGGCACAAUUGACCCUUCCUCUGUCAUGGUCCUGGUGAGUGCCAUAUAUUUCAAAGGACAAUGGCAAAACAAAUUUCAGGAGAGGAAGACAGUGAAAGCUCCCUUCCACAUGAGCGUGGGUAAAAGUGUAAUGGUCAAAAUGAUGUAUCAGACUGGAAGAUUUAAACUGGCCAACAUAAAGAAGCCACAAAUGCAAGUCCUAGAGCUGCCUUAUUCAAACAACAAUCUAAACAUGAUCAUUUUGCUUCCGCAUGGAAUGGCUAAUGUAAAACAGAUAGAAAGGCAGCUGAAUGUGAGGACUCUUCAGGAGUGGACCAACUCUUCUAACAUGGUGGAAAGUGAAGUGGAAGUGUGUAUCCCCAGAUUCAAGCUCGAAAUGAAAUAUGAGCUGAACUCCCUGUUGAAAUCCCUGGGGAUGAAGAAUAUCUUCAACGUGGCUGCAGCUGAUUUUUCUGGAAUGUCACCAGACAAGGGCUUGUAUUUAUCCAAGGUCAUUCACAAGUCAUAUGUGGAUGUCACCGAAGAGGGCACUGAGGCAGCAGCGGCCACUGGGGAGAGUGUUGCUGUAAAAAGACUCCUUAUCCCUGUUCAGUUUAUGGCAGAUCAACCUUUCUUAUUUAUUAUUCGUGACCUGUUCGGCCAUAUUCUUUUUGCUGGCAAGUUUGCCUCUCCAUAG